UUUUAUACAAAACUUAAGACAUACAAUUAAUUUAACAAAAUAACAAAAAGACGCUAAAUAUUUUAUAAAAUUUAUAGAAUUUAUUCAUAAUUAUUAGUUAAACAAUUAAUUGUUCACUAAACUAGUCAUUUACUUUAUAUUUAAAUAUAUAAAAACACACAAAAAACACUACUACUAUCCGCCCUUUAUUUAUAACAAAACAAAAAAAUAAGCUUUAAAAAUAUUAAUUUGUUAUCAUAGUUUUCUAAGUAUUGUGUUUUACUAAAAUUUAGCUAUAUGAAAAAUUUAAAUAUUAAACAAUACCACCAAGCGUAUCAUCCAUAUGAAAUACCAGCAAACACUCAUCAGCACCAGCCACAAUUUACAAAUCCCUAUAAUAAUACUGCAGUAGCAACAACAACACCUACUAACCAAAGAUUUAAUUUUAGUAAUUCUUAUAAUUUACCACCAACAACAUCAACCACAAAUUCGGCUGGUUGUAAAACCUUACAAAACUCUAUUAACAAUCGUAAUAAUAAUAAUCAAAAUCUACCAUUAUCAACAUCAGCAAUAUCAUCAUCUCCACCUACGCUUGGCGGUUACUUGGCAAAUCAACAACAGCAACGUUUACAACAACAACAGCAGCAUCAUCAACAAUUGCAACAACACUUUAAUCAACGUACCCAAACAGCCCAACAAAUCAAUAUGUUGAGUUUAAAUCAAACAAACACUUUUAAUUAUAAUUUUCAUUUCAAUGCCAACAAUAACAACAACAACAACCACAACAACAACACCAGCCACAAUCUUAAUAUAAAUAAUAACAAUAAUAGCAGCAACACCAAAUAUAACCACAAUAACAGUGCUCUCUCUCGUCCACAAAGACCAAACUCUCUAAAUAUCUCUGCAAUGGCUUCAUUAGCAACACCUUCUUACUCUUGUUCUUCGACGGCUUCAAUGAGCAAUGAGCCCUCCUCAUGUCAUUCAGCUCCAACAACAGGUGGCUACAAUUUUACUCCGAAUCAUUUUUACAACAAUCAACGUGAAAAUUUAUUUAAUUUUCCCAUAAGUCAGCAGCAGCAGCAGCAACAGCAGCAUCAUCAACAACUGCAACAACACCAUAAUAAUCAUAAUUAUAAUGUACAACAACAGCAACACAAUUACAAUAAUUAUCAAACUAAUCAACAGCAACAACAGCAAUUGCAACAAUUUCAGUUAUUACAGCAACAAUUAAAACAACAACAAUUGCAUAUCAAUAAUAAUAAUAGUAGCAAUAGCAAUAAUUGUAAUUUAACCACGCCUGCUGUAUCAUCAUCUGCCUCAUUGUGCAGCAGCAGUGCUACUACUUCUAGCUGUUCUCCCUGUACAAAUAGUUCAAAUAAUGCUCUAGCUACUGCUACAACUGCUGUCGCUGCUGUCAAUUCAAAUACAGAUCAAUCGAAUACUAAUAAUAAUUGCGAUAAACUUACUAUGGAUGCCUGCGAAAUUGCCAAUUUCCUUGCCAAUGAGCUAUUUAUGCAACAGCUCGUUUCAAUGGAAUGCAUGCAAACAGGUGUACCCACUCUGACCACACCCACCCUAACACCUACAACGCUCAAGAGUAUAGAGGAAUCGUUUAUACAGUUAACUAGCGAGCCAAUGAAUGCACCAUAUCAGGCAGGAUUUAUACCACCACCAUUGGGUUCUUACAAUGCUACAACAACGAAUACGAUAAACAACAAUAGCAAUAACAAUAACAACAACAGCAAUAGUACAUUGACAGCGACUACAACAUCAGUUGCCGGUAUAUCACCAAAUGCGGCAUUGAAUAAUGUCUAUUUGGGUGACAUUAGUGCCGGGGCCAGUUUGCCCGACUAUGGAAAUAUGACAGAAUCGGAAAAUUCUCAGGGAUCAUGGACGGGCAAUCAUUUAAAUGAAGAGAAUUCUAUGGCCACAACAGAUACUUCAAGUGCCGCCACAGAUACGAUUUCAUUUCAAAAUGGCCUUAAUGGUUUGGGUGUGAAUACCUUGAAUAAUUCCAAUUCUUCAACAACAAAUGAUUUUACCACAGUCAAUUUGGCUGCCUUAGCUGUGGCGACGGCGGCUGCCAAAAUAUCUGGCAAUCACAACAAUAAUACCUCAUCAAGUGCCACUACAACAGCUACCCCUACUCGACGUGGUGGCGGACGUCGUCCAGCCACUAACAGUAAUAUAUCACCAGAAGAAGAGGAGAAGAGACGUAUACGGCGAGAACGUAAUAAAUUGGCAGCCGCCAGAUGUCGCAAGCGUAGAGUGGACCAAACUAAUGAACUGACCGAUGAGGUGCAACUGUUGGAGAAGAAACGAGAAGAGUUGCAAAAGCAAAUCGAGUCAUUGAAUGGUACGAAGCAAGAUUUAGAAUUUCUUUUAGAAGCACACCGUCCUACCUGUCAAAGAGUUGUGGCAACAGAUAUUUUAUCCGUCAAUGCAUUCGAGGGUCUGAUGCCUUCAGCAACAUCGACGGUCAAUGAUAAUAUUACUGGCAUGGAUACCAGUUUGGCUACAACUGCUAGAAGUAUUUCUCCUUUGGACUUGAAACCAGUAUUGAGUGAUCAAUUAUUAGCUCAAAUUAAGGCUGAACCUUUGGAUUCAGCCCUAGACUCAAACUCAUCCUUAGAUCAAGAUGGUCCACCCUCGUCAAAAAGAUAUAUUUUAUCCAACAAUAAUCCCAUGAUACCACCGCCUUUACCAAAUGUUGCCACACUGUCAGCUUCUUUGGCGGCCGCAUCGGCUUCACUAAACACACCCAUUGUAACAACGGCUCCCGUUAGCUUUGGUUCCAUGUACUCCAACAAUCCAUCACUUAGUGCUCCAUUAACAAAACCCAAUUCGAAACAACGUCCCAAUUCAUUGCCAACAGUACCACGAAAUUUGGCUCAAAAUUUAGGCUUAAAUGUCAAUGACAACAAGCCGCCUACAGAUAUCAAUGGCGUAGCCAUACAGACGCCAUCGACGGGUAUGUUCAACUUUGAUUCUCUCAUGGAUGGUGGUACUGGUCUAACGCCGGUUUCCGGCCCUCUAGUACCCAAUUGUUCCUCACAAAACAAACAUCCCUUGGAACUGGUGACACCUACAAGUGAACCCUCUAAGUUGGUAAGUUUAUAACAAUAAAUGCAUAAAGAGCGUGCGUCAAAAGAGAAUAAGAGCAUAGAAACCUGAGAGAUGAGGAGAGAGUGCAAACGAAGCUGGUCUUAAAAAAUUAAUUAAACUUUAAACUAUUAAGAGAUAAAUGAAUGAAAAAUUUAAUUCUUAAAGAAAAACUACUACUUUUUAAAAGUAUGUGUAUUUUUGUAACAAAACAAACAAGAAAAGAAAAUUUUACUACUAUAUGUUUUAAAAUAAAAUUAAAAGAUAAAGAAAUGUUUUUUUUUUUAUUUUUAUGUAUGUACUAUUAUUAAGCAAAUUUCCUAGAUACUUUUAAUUCAAAUUUUAUAAAAAUUUUCUUAAAUUUGUAAUAAUAUAGUGAACACGAAUUGGAAACCAAUCCAAGAAAUCUUUAAAAGUUUAAAAAACGUUUAUUUAGUAUUUAAUUUUUUAACUUCUUUAUCAAAAAAAAAAAAAAAAACAAAAAGCAUUAUCUAACAAGAACAAUUUCAUUUUUUUACCACAUAUAUUUUUUAUGCUGUAUUAUUAUUUUUAAUUAUUUGUAACUUAAAAGCAAGUAAAUCAUAAAAAUUGUUUGUUAAUACAAAAUAUGUAUCUUAUUUUAUUUUUUUCAUAUCAAUUGCAAUAAAUGUUGUUUUUCAAUGAAAUUAACAAACAAAAUAAUGAUGACUUAAGUUUUGUUUGCUGUUAUUAUUGUUUCAAUUUCCGUUUAUUAUCUUUUCGUAUUCAUAUUAUUUUUUAUUUUCUUAAUUUUUUUCUAUGUGCAAUUAUUAAAAAUUAUUUAUUUAAUAAAAAAAACUAAAUUAAACUACAAAAACAUCCAAUACAAAACAUGGUUUUAAUUAAUUAAUAUAUUUAAGUAAAAAAAAAAUAAUUAAAAAAGCCAGGCGUUGUGAUAUUUAUAAAUAAUAUAUAAAAACUGUAAACAAAAAUAUUUUAAAUCCACAAUUAUUUUGCUUUUUAUAAUAUGUUUUUCUUAAAAAAUGGCCUUUUAAAAUCUAAACAAGAAACAAAUAAAUUACUUUAAUAUAUGUAAAUCGUAAAAAUCAUUGAUAAUGACAGCCUUAUAUAAUUUUUAAUUGUUCAUAUUAACAUAAAGAUUUGUAUAUAUAUUUUGCUUACAUCUAAAAACAAAUAUAUUCAUAUAUUGGAAUUUGUAAUGCUUAAAACUAAAUUUAAAAAAAAAUAUAUAAAAAACUAAAAGAAAAAAAUGGAAAUGUAGGAAAUGUAAAAUAAAAACAAAUCAACAAAGCAAUUUCUAUCUCUGAAAACAAGUGGUAAAAUGUUUAGCUUUACUCAACUAUACUAACAUGAUAAACAAAAUAAUAUUAUUAUUGAAAUGAAUAGAAUCAUAUUUUUUAAAAGAAUUAUAUUUAAAAGUAAUAUAAUAAACAAAAUGAGAAUGUCCAAAAAAUAAAAAUUUAACAAAUUUUAAAGUGAAAAUUGUUUAAUUAAAAAUGAUAAAUAGCAAUAAUAACAGUUUUAAAACAAACACCAAAUGAUUUCAAAAUGAAAAAACGAUUUGAAAAUAAAACACUAAAAACUACACAUAGAAA